GCGUCCUUCUCCCGAUCGCUGGUGGUGGAUGGAACUUGGAGUCCCGGGCGGGUGGGAGGAGUCUGGAGCUGGGCACUCGAUCCCUUGGAAUCGAUCGACGGAUCCAGGCGAGGCAACUGUCACCCCUUCUUCGGAUCAUUCCCUUCUCAAGCUUGAAAACUGAAAGCAUCCCCCCCCCCACCUUCUGUGGGAGGAUUCUUAUUGUUUGAGGAUUAAAAUUCCACAUCUCCUGAAAUGGCUCAUUUCGGUGGCUCUUCUUACUAUUCUGCUCCUCUGACCGAAAGUCCUUUUGCAAAUCCAGGACAGACUUUGGAUGGGUGUGACCCAGUGUCUUGGUACACCCCAAAAACUGGCUCACAAUUCCCAGAAGGAAAUGGAUCCCGUCUUGCCUUGCUUGGACCUACUGAGAAGUGCUGGAGAAGAACGAGGAAGGAGGAAAGUGUCCUGGAAGGAGGAACCAGAAGAUGGGCUGGAGAUCAUCAACUUUGCCGGGAGUUCUACGAAGAAGGCGAGACACCCCGAGAACUUUGCACUCGCUUACACAGUCUUUAUCGUCAAUGGCUGAAGCCAGAGAAACACACGAAAGCUCAGAUGUUGGACUUGGUGGUCCUGGAGCAGUUCCUGGCCGUCCUGCCCCCAAAGAUGGAGAGCUGGGUGCGAGAGUGUGGAGCAGAGACCAGCUCCCAAGCUGUGGCCCUGGCAGAAGGUUUCCUCCUGAGCCAGGCGGAGGAAAAGAAGCUGGCAGAAAUGCAGGUUCAGGAUCCCUUCAUGGAAGUGGGUGUUCAAAACCUCCAAGCACAUAGAGACAUGUCAUCUCUCUCUCAAGAACUGGCCUUCGGAGGGAUCUCCCAAGAGGAUCCAGCUCAGAUCACAUCCGAAAGGAAAGGAGCAAUCCUGAGGUUUCCUGCAGAAGCACCUUUGUUUUGUGGUGAUUCUGAAACUGCUGUUGUCAUUCCAACUCAGAAUCAUAUGUCAUUUGAAGAUAUAGUCAUAUUUUUUUCUGAAGAGGAGUGGGAUCUGCUGAAUCCUGACCAGAAAUUGCUGUACAGGGAGAUCACAUUGGAAAAUGCAAGGAACAUGACCUCCAUAGGUGAAAGGUGGGAGGAUGACGACUCCAAGGAGGAGAUGAUAGAGCACUUGCCAUCAGUAAAAAAUGAAAUUGGAGAAAGGAUGUUCCAAUGUCAAUGGGGAGUCCAAAGUCCUGAGGAAAAGCAGCUAAACGGAGAGCCAGAGAUAGCCCUCGCUUUUCAUCGUGCAGAUAACAAUGCACUUCUGGCUGAAAAAAAUCACCAAGAAACUGGAAUGUGUCCAGGGUGUGGAAAAAUAUUGAAGGAGGAAUCAGGAUUAUGUGGAUAUUGCAGAAGUCACCCUGUCGAGACACAACAUGUAACUUGGGAAUGGCUCUUUCCUCUUACUUUAAAUCAAAAUAUAUCGCUCGAGGAGAAAUUAUAUAAACCUGUGGAAUGUGGAGAGAGCUUCAGCGAGAGUAGCCAUCUCAGUGACCAUCAAAAGAGUCAUCUCCAGGAGAAUCCAUAUCAAGGCAUGGAUUGUGGGAAGAGCUUCCAUCAGAAAAGUUACCUUAUGACCCAUGAAAGGAUCCAUCGAGGAGAGAAAUCACAUCCAUGCUUGGAGUGUGGAAAGAGCUUCAUUAAGAGAAGUUCUCUGACUUCCCACAUGAGAAUCCACAGCGGGGAGAAACCCUACCAAUGUGCUGAGUGUGGAAAGUGCUUCUCUCAGAGAAGCAACCUUACUUCACAUAAGAGGAUCCACACAGGGGAGAAACCGUAUCAGUGCCUGGAGUGCGAGAAGUGCUUCAUCGACGUAAGUCACCUCACUACCCAUAAAAGAAUCCAUACUGGAGAGAAGCCGUAUAAAUGUCUGGAGUGUGGGAAGAGUUUUAGUGUGAGCUGUUCCCUGACAUCCCAUAUGAGGAUGCACCGAGGAGAGAAACCGUAUCAAUGCAUGGAGUGUGGAAAGAGCUUUAUUAAGAAAAGUUCUCUGACUUCCCACACAAGAAUCCACAGUGGGGAGAAACCCUACCAAUGUGUGGAGUGUGGGAAGUGCUUCUCUCAGAGAAGCAACCUUACCUCCCAUAAGAGGAUCCACACAGGGGAGAAACCCUAUCAGUGCCUGGAGUGCGAGAAGCGCUUCAACGAUUUAAGUCAUCUCACUUCACAUAAAAGGAUCCACACUGGAGAGAAGCCAUAUAAAUGUCUGGAGUGUGAGAAGAGUUUUAGUGUGAGCUGUUCCCUGACAUCCCAUAUGAGGAUGCACCGAGGAGAGAAACCCCAUCAAUGCAUGGAGUGUGGAAAGAGCUUCAGUCAGAGCAGUUACCUGAGUUCCCACAUGAGACUCCAUAGCGGGGAGAAACCCUAUCAAUGUGCGGAAUGUGGGAAGUGCUUCUAUCGCAAAAGUCGCCUUACUUUCCAUAAAAGGCUCCACACAGGGGAGAAACCGUAUCACUGCCUGGAAUGCGGAAAAAGCUUCAGUGAUGCAAGUUACCUCAAUUCUCAUAAAAGGAUCCACACUGGAGAAAAGCCAUAUCAAUGUCUGGAGUGUGGGAAGAGUUUUAGCGUAAGCUGUUCCCUUACAUCCCAUAAAAGGAUCCACACGGGGGAGAAGCCAUACAAAUGUAUGGAAUGUGGAAAGAGCUUCACUGUAAGCAGUUCCCUUAGUUCUCAUAAAAAGAUCCACACGGGGGAGAAACCGUACCACUGUGAGGAAUGUGGAAAGACCUUUAGAAAGAGUAGUUCUGUGACUUCCCACAGAAGGAUCCACAUACGAGAAACCAUAAAACUGAAAGCAUUUUCCCCCUCUCUGGGAGGAUUCUUAUUGUUUGAGCAUCAAAGUUCCACAUCUCCUGAAAUGGCUCAUUUUGGUGGCUCUUCUUACCAUUCUGCUCCUCUGACCAAAAGUCCUUUUGCAAAUCCAGGACAGACUUUGGAUGGGUGUGACCCAGCUUCUUUGUACACCCCAAAAUCCGGCUCACGAGACCCAGAAGGAAAUGGAUCCCGUGUUGCCUUGCUUAGGUCUACUGAGAAGUUCUGGAGAAGAACGAAGGAGGACAAUGUCCUGGAAGGAGAUACCACCAGAUGGGCUGGAGAACAUCAACUUUGCCGGGCGUUCUUCUAUGAAGAAACCGAGGAACCUCGAGAACUUUGCACUCGUUUACACCGUCUUUCUCGUCAAUGGCUGAAGCCAGAGAAACACACGAAAGCUCAGAUGUUGGACUUGGUGGUCCUGGAGCAGUUCCUGGCUGUCCUGCCCCCAAAGAUGGAGAGCUGGGUGCGAGAGUGUGGAGCAGAGACGAGCUCCCAGGCGGUGGCCCUGGCAGAAGGUUUCCUCCUGAGCCAGGCGGAGGAGAAAAAGCAGGGAGAGAUGCAGGUUCAGGAUCCCUUCAUAGAAGUGGGUGUUCAAAACCUCCAAGCACAUAGAGACAUGUCAUCUCUCUCACAAGAACUGGCCUUCGGAGGGAUCUCCCAAGAGGAUCCAGCUCAGAUCACAUCCGAAAUGAAUGGAGCAACCCUGAGGUUUCCUGCAGAAAUGUCUUUGCUUUGUGGUGGAACUGAAACUGCUGUUGUCAUUCCAGUUCAGGUUCAGGAUCCCUUCAUGGAAGUGGAUGCUCAAGACCCCCGAGAACACAAAGACAUGUCAUCUCUCACUCAAGAACUGGCCUUUGGGGGGAUCUCCCAAGAAGAUCCAGCUCAGAUCACGUCAGAAGGAAAAGGAGCAAUCCCGAGGUUUCCUGCAGAAGCAUCUUUGUUUUGUGGUGAUUCUGAAACUGCUGCUGUCAUUCCAACUCAGAAUCAUAUGUUAUUUGAAGAUAUAGCCAUAUUUUUUUCUGAAGAGGAGUGGGCUCUGCUGAAUCCUGACCAGAAAUUGCUGUACAGGGAGAUCACAUUGGAAAAUGCAAGGAACGUGACCUCCAUAGGCGAAAGGUGGGAGGAUGAGGACUCCAAGAAGGAGAUGAUAGAGCACUUGCCAUCAGUCAAAAAUGAAAUUGGAGAAAGGAUGUUCCAGUGUCAAUGGGGAGUCCAAAGUCCUGAGGAAAAGCAGUUAAAAGUAGAGCCAGAGAUAGCCCUUGCUUUUCAUCAUGUAGAUAACAAUGCGCUUCUGGCCGAAAAAAAUCACCAAGAAACCAGAAUGUGUCCAGGUUGUGGAAAAAUAUUGAAGGAGGAAUCAGGAUUGUGUGGGUAUUGCAGAAGCCACCCUGUUGAGGCACAACAUGUAACUUGGGAAUGGGUCUUUCCUCUUACUUUAAAUCAAAAUAUAUCACUUGAGGAGAAAUUAUAUACAUCUGUGGAGUGCGGAGAGAGCUUUAGCCAGAGUAGCCAACUCAGUGACCAUCAAAAAAAUCAUCUCCAGGAGAAUUCAUAUCAGUCCAUGGAUUGUGGGAAGAGCUUCUAUCAGAAAAGUCACCUUAUGACCCAUGAAAGAAUCCACCAAGAAGAGAAACCACAUCCAUGGUUGGAGUGUGGAAAGAGCUUCAGUCAGAGCAGUUACCUGAUUUCCCAGACGAGAAUCCAUAGUGGAGAGAAACGCUAUCAAUGUUUGGAGUGUGGGAAGUCCUUCUGCCGCAAAAGCCGACUUACUUCCCAUAAGAGGAGCCACACAGGGGAAAAGCCGUAUCAGUGCCUGGAGUGCGGAAAGAGCUUCAGUGAUGCAAGUUACCUCACUUCCCAUAAAAAGAUCCACACUGGAGAAAAGCCAUAUCAAUGUCUGGAGUGUGGGAAAAGUUUUAGCAUAAGCAGUUCCCUCACAUACCAUAAAAGGACCCACACAGGGGAGAAGCCAUACAAAUGUACGGAAUGUGGAAAGAGCUUUGCUGUAAGCAGUUCCCUUAGUUCUCAUAAAAGAAUCCAUACGGGGGAGAAACCGUACCAAUGUCAGGAAUGUGGAAAGAGUUUUAGAAAGAGUUGUUCUGUGACUUCCCACAGAAAGAUCCACAUGGGAGAAACCAUAUGAGUGCACAGACUGUGGGCAGAACUUCAGAGACCCGAGUUCUGAGGUUAUGAUCCUUGUGCAGAAAUGUUAGAAUUUUUUAUUGGCCAAUGUGAUUGAAUACAAAAGGAUUUUCACUCAACGAAAUGUCAUGGAAGUCGAUCAUGGACUAAAAUGAACUGGUGCGGCUGAAAAAAGGAAAAUGUGGAAUUAUCACCCCAUAUCCCUCUACCACGGAGAUGGGUGAUUAAGAAAUUGGAUGGAUGGAUGAUAGAGAUAUUAUCUUUUCAUUAUAUAAGAUUUAAGAUGAUAAGAUGGUGGAUGAGAUCAAGCAAAAGAUCUUGGAAGAGUUACAGCUAAUUGAGUCUGUCAUUUGCACCUCAAUAAUUGUC